AUGAAAAGCCACAUCUUUCUAGGGCCGUGGUUUUUGGUGGUGGCUCAGUUGCGGGUCAUAAGUCCAGACUCGUUGCGACAGGAGUUGCAAUCCGAGGGUGAGGUGGUGCCGGUGUCGACGUCGACCUUCGGGUGUCCGGAGUACGGUGAGGCUCUGGUUGGUCGACUGUUGUACGUGGAAGCUUCGGGUUGCGCGCCUGACUACCGAGAUGCUCUUGUUUCUCUUUACGGCGAGUCCGGGGCAGCCUUGGAUUCGAUCCAGGGAGUGUCCAGGGAGUCCGCCUCCACCCCUAUUUCCGGGUCCAAGCUGGCGGCUGCGGGAGACAUAUAUUUGCUGCGAAGGGGAGUAUGUAGUUUUGCUCAGAAGGUGGCGGCAGCACAGGAGUUGGGAGCGGCGGCGGCGGUGAUUGUGGAUUAUGGGAAUUCGACGUGGACGCGACAGGAUAUCCAGCAGGCCGUGGUGUCGGACGACGGGUCAUUCCCGAACAUCACAAUCCCCUCGGUACUCGUGUCACGCGAGGAUGGUGCCGCGUUGCUGAGACAUGCGGCUGAUCCGCCAACCGUCGCUUUAGAAUGGGACAUUCCGCAACGUGACGUCGUACGUGUAGACUUUUGGUACUCACCCGACCACACCGGCUCACUGCACACACUUCAGACGCUUGCACCUGCUGUCGCCGCCCUCCGAGGCACUCUCGACUUCCACAGCCACCUGUACCUUGCUGACCGAGAUGCUUCACACACAUACUGCUUUCAAGGCAACCCGAAACUCUGCGCAACCGACGCGAACACGCUUCAGGAAGACCUUCUGCAACUCUGCAUACGCAGACUCACCACCCAACCACUCCCCGUUGCCGACCCCGCCGACCCCGCCGACCCCGCCCACCCCGCCGACCCCGCCGACCCCGUUGCCGACGACCCAGAUUUUAACAACGACCAGGACUUUAACGACGACCAAGAUCCCCCCCCUAACGGCAAAGACUCCCUUCCAGGCGGAUCUGUCGUCUUCUACUCCGAGGCCUACUGGAACUACCUAACCGCCUUCGCCGAUAAAUGCACACCCACGCCACCCGACACUCUCGACUCUAGCUGCGGACGAAAACUUCUCAAAGAACUCGACCUGCCACUGGCAGACCUGAACAACUGCCUCACCGACCGCGCCCAAGACGUGCUCCUCAGCCAACGAGAAAACAACGCCUGGGGGGUCACCGCUGCUCGUAUAAACGGCGCACGCUUCGCAGGCUCCACCACUGACCCCACCAACCUCCUCAAAGCCGCCUGCCUCGCCCUCACCUCCAAACAGGCCGAGUGCAAACAAACUAUCCA